CAUGAAGGGGCCCUGGGCCGUCCGUUGGCUGAUACUUACCUCUGUUGCCGGAUCCCUGUUCAGAGGCGACAGCGCUCAGGUCACCGAUGUCAGCUCCAAGGUGUUGAAAUUGAGUAAGAACGCUACCGAAGGGGAGCCUGGAUGCAAGGAAGGUCUGCAUCGUGGGAGCAAGUUCUGCUGUCUGCCAUGCCCUCCUGGCACACGAAAAGCUGCCGACUGUGAAGAAGAUGGGGGUAGACCAUCCUGUAUACCCUGUGAAGAAGCGAAGGACUACACAGACAGGAGCCAUUUUUCUCCCAGAUGCAGAAGAUGUAAAAUUUGUGAUGAAGAGCAUGGCUUAGAAGUGGAAAAAAACUGUACCCGGACCCAGAAUACCAAGUGCAGAUGUAAAUCAAACUUUUUUUGUAACGUCUCUCAGUGUGACCACUGUAACCCGUGCAUGAUGUGUGAACAUGGAAUCCUUGAGAAUUGCACACCAACCAGCAACACCAAAUGUAAACAAGGAUCCAGCUCCAAACUUCUGUGGCUUUGUGCCCUGCUCCUGAUUCUACCGUCCGCACUAGUAUGUUGCUGUGUGUUGAAAAAGUACAGGAAUACGAAGAAUGGCCGCCGGGAAUCUACAGUCUCAGUUACUGAGAGUAUGCCGAUGAAUUUCACAGACAUCGACUUGAGUAAAUACAUCAGUAGCAUUGCCGAACAAAUGAAAAUAACUCAAGUCAGAGAAUUUGUCCGCAAGAAUGGUAUCAACGAAGCCAAAAUAGACGAGAUCAAGAACGACAACCUCCAAGACACAGCUGAACAGAAAGUCCAACUGCUCCGGAAUUGGUACCAGCUCCACGGGAGGAAGGGCGCGUAUUACGCUCUGGUGAAAGGUCUCAGGAAAGCCAAUCUCUGCGCUCUUGCCGAGAAAAUUGAAGAUAUGGUCCAGAAGGACAGUGCGAGCUAACUUGAGAAUGGAAACUGCAAACACGAAAAUAAAAGACAAAGCCUGGCUGAAUGUGAAAAACAACU